AUGGGCUCUUUUCAAGGGUUCACCUCGAAAGGUUGGGCGUACACCGUCGCUGCUGGGCUUGCUACGGUAGCCUUCUACAAAUACGCACCGGCUCCUGGAGAAGAGAACUACAUCACGCGGUACAUCGAAUACUACCAGACUCCGAGGGAACUUUGGGAGAGGAUAAACAACCACCACCUCGCGAUAUCUCACGAUGCCUCUGAGGCCAAGCUCCUCAUAGAUGAUGCGAAGCGGCCCCCGGUUCAUCGAUACCGCUAUCCACAAUCUUUUGAUACGGCCUCACCUUUCCUUAUUCCCGUCGGUGGGCAGGUAGAUCUUUCCGACCUCAAGGUGAAAGGGGAUAAGGACCUGUAG